UCUGGUUAGUCUCUAGAGACAGUUGCCAGGAGGAUGUUCUGCGUUUUAUUCCAAAUGCCACUAAUGUGCAGCGAGGAGGAGCUGUUAUUGCUGCUGCUGCGUUAUCAUCAGGAGAGGAGGAAGAGGAGGGGAGGGCUUACAAGCCCAGCUCCGUGGAACAUCCUGCAAACAAGUCGGGGAGUCGAAACCAAACUCCGCUCAGUUUGCCCCUCGCAGCGACGCGCAGCACUUCGCUCCCUCCGUCCGCGCUCCUGUCGGGAUGCCUCUCCGUUUGGAGGAAGUCUGUGCGCUCCAGCUCUAGCUGCCCCAUCCUGCCACUUAAUGCCUGACUUAUGACUGAGCACCGCUUUAUUAAUAUCAUCUCCGGACGCACGGCGGUGGGACAUCCGGCAUGGGGCGCCCGUAAGAGGAGGAGGAGGAGACCACGGUCCGCUCUGGUUUAGUGAAGAGCGCGCGAGCGCACCGACGCACGCGCCCUCGUAGCCAGCGCGACAUGGACUUCAAGAAGACAAAAUUUGGAAGGUACAUGAACUGCAGGGUUCCGGCCAAUAAGAGAUACCAGCCCACUGAGUACGAACAUGCAGCCAACUGCGCUACACACGCGUUUUGGAUUCUUCCCAGCAUGGUUGGUGGCUCUGUGCUAUACUUCCUCUCUGUGGAUAAAUGGCACAGAGUCGCUGCCUUGCUCUAUGGCAGUGGUCUGACCGGCCUCUUCCUCACCUCGACGCUCUUCCACACAGCUGCCUGGAAAAUCAGCCACCUCCGGAGGCUGGAGGAACGUUUCCACAUGUGUGACCGAAUGGCCAUCUACUUCUUCAUUGCUGCCUCCUAUUCUCCUUGGUUGAUGCUGAGGGAGCUGGGACCUUGGACGUACCAUAUGCGCUGGCUGAUCUGGGUCAUGGCGUGUGUAGGGUCCGUGUACGUCUUUUUUUUCCAUGAGCGGUACAAACUGGUAGAGCUGCUGGGCUAUGUGACAAUGGGGGCUGUUCCUGCUUUGGUCAUAUUGUCCAUGGUGGAACGUGCAGGCGUGUGUGAGCUCGCUCUGGGAGGGGUCUUCUAUUCAAUGGGCGUGGUCUUCUUUAAGAGCGAUGGACUCGUUCCUUUCGCCCACGCCAUCUGGCAUCUUUUUGUCGCAGUCGGAGCGGGCAUUCAUUAUUACGCCAUCUGGAGGUACCUGUAUCUUGUUGAACCACAGCUGCAGACGUCCAGGUGACGGACCCACCCUCCCCCGAUGGACACUGAAUUCUGAAAGCUGCUGAUUCAAAAGGCGUAGUGGGAUACUAAAAGUUGCACUUAAACUGAACCAAGUGGUUUGCCUUCAUGAAAUGAAGGCUGGUUAUGGGGAGACCCAUGCUGGAUUGGAGCUGAUGGUCAUACUGUUAGAGACCAAACACCCGAUCAAAGCCAGUAAACUAAGAUGUACAACAUCUAGCUUCAAUGGGAAUGUUGUUAUAAUCCUGCUGUUAAACACAAAAUUUUAUUAUUUUGUCCAUCUUGAAGACUGAUGAUGUCCAAACGGGUCCAAACAGUAAAGGUUUGAGACACUUUAGUUUUUUUUUUUUUUUUGCUUUUGAAGCAUUUAGAUUCUGCUGUAGAAACAAACUAACAAAAAAAAAAACAGCAGACCGUAACCACAGUCUGCUGCAGGGUUUUUAUUUAACAAACAUGCUAAGAUUUAGCAUGGAGAUAUUUUCAGCCCAAAAAACUUUAAGUCUAGGGUGACAUUAGUGUUCAUACCCCUGACACUGAUCAUACUUUGUCACAUUGUAAUCACAAACUUUAAUGAGUUUUACUGCGAUUUUAUGUGAUAACCAAACACACUUGUGAGUGAAAGAAAACUGGUAUUAAUCUGCUUUUACUCUGACAUCAUAAAAUAACACCUAGGGUAUUUAGUUGCCUUCAAAAAUCACAUAUUUAGUAGUAGAGUCCACCUGCGUAGUUUAUCCUUUGAUUGAUGGAAAGGCCACCCACUUGCUAAAGCAUGGGGGUGGCAGUAUAAUGCUGUAGGGGUGGUUUUCUUUAGAAGGCACUGCUGGUCUGAGUCAAUGUGAAGAUCACUGGAGGUGAAUAUAAACAGUAUAGGAGGAAAACCUGUUAGGGGCUGCAAAGGUUUUGGGUUGGAGGUUCACCUUCCAGUAGUACGACGGCGUAAACAUACAAUUAGAGCUGCAAUGGAAACAGUUUUAACGUCAGAGCAAGCAAAUGAGAUGGAACGGCUCGGUCAAAGUCCAAAUAUAGAUCCUCAAUGAGCUGCAGCUGUUUUGGAAAGGACACAUUUCAGUUUUAAUACAUUUUAAUCUGGUAAACACACUUUAAAAACAUUUAAACUGUCAAAGCAGCGAAAUAAGGCUUAAAGAUAAAUACUUUAGACAUUUUUAUUUGGUUUUAAUUUUUAUUUAGUCUAGACUUUGAUUUUCAAUUCUAUUUUAGUUAUAAUACAUUUUUCGUAUUUGUUAGCUAGUUUAGUUUGUAUUAGUUUCAGUUAUAGCUUCAGUCUUUAAUGUAAUUCAACUUACAUUAAAGACUAAAGAUGAAAUAAUAGAAAUAAAAUCUCAGAUAUAGAUGGACUGCUGCAGCAUCAUAACUAACCUGACUGCGGUACCUGCCAUAGGCUUGGGUAAUGCGGUACAGCAAAACAACUGGAAACCAGACUUCAUCUUUCUGCGUUUUAAGGACACAAUUGAAAACAAACCGAUUUUAAUUAGUUUCUUGAACUCUUAUUAAUUUUGUUUUUGUUGUUGCAAGAUCUAGUUUAAAUUUUUUUUUUUUGCAUUUAAUUCUAGUUUUCAUUAAUGGAUUAUUUUUAGGUAACAAUUAUAGCCUGGCUCUGAGAGUUUUGACUCUCAUGCCACACUUUUCAGAUUCACAGGUUUAAAAAAAACAUUAUUUUCCUUUCUUUUCACGUUUAUUUCUCUUAAAAUCCAAUAAAAAAAAAUACAUUCAAGUUAGGGUUUUGACAAUAGAUGCAACAUUACAAGUUUGGAGGUUCAAUGAACCAUUAAUGGACGGGAAUAAGAAAAACAAGUGUUCAUGACCAGCAUUGCUGCAGUUUAAGAUGAGGAAAUCCACCCACAACAACCUCUGAAGCUAAACAAAGAUCCCUGCCAGCUGCAUGGUGAUUGGCUGCUGCUGAAAACAUCAGGAGGCAUCUGGUUUAAAGGUUAAAGGUUAGGUUAAACAAAUGAAUAUACAGCCCUGUGGAGAGAUUUCAUCUCCCCCAAUCUUCCAGUUUUAAAGUGGUCCUCAAUCAGAGUUUAUAAAGUUUCUUUGGUACUUUUAUCGCUUUGUUCACCAAUUGCUGUUGUUCAUUUCAAAUGCAGGAUCAUGAGAUAAUAUUGUGCCAUAUGGAGGACAAAAUGCGUCAAACAUGAAAGACCAAAACCGGGUCAAUAAGCUUCAUCUUCUUUCAUGUUUUCAUGACCUUUUUACCCAGUUUUUGACUAACAGUGGACUAACAGUUCCUUGGGAAUCACCAUGUCUGUGCUGAAAUACUACUACUAAUAAUAAUACUACUUUACUUUCACUCAGAUGUGUCUGGCUACUUGUUAGAUUCAACCAAAGGAACAGGAACCAUCAGGCUGCUGGAAACAAAGUGCCUAAUUAUGUAUGUUUUUUCACUCAGCACUAAUUCAUCCAUUAGCAGCCUUUUUUAAAUCCAUUUCCUGAAUAAUUUACAAGUUUAGUCGUAGAUGAGUUGGGGAGGGAGAUAUGAUCAGUCGCUGGGGUGAAAAUGAAAAGAAAUGUCAAACUUUUUUCAAUACUGAAGCUUUUCCAGGAAAUGUUUCUACUUGGAGUGCCAAAACUUACCACACAGUCUUUUUAUUUUUUCAAAGGUGCUAAAAGUCACUUUUAAUUUAUUGACUUUAUUGCAUGAUGAGAUUUUAACAGGGACUUUCUGUGAAGGAUUUUCUCUGUAUUUCACUAGAAGGUGGAUUUGAGAACAAGGCCAUGAAGAGAGACGUAAAGCCUGCGGUCCAAGGACCAAAAGCUAAGCUCCUGGUCGUAAAGUUACUGAUUUUUAUUUUAUUGUAAAGACCUCACAACUGUAUUUGAAGAGGAUUUAGGAAAUUGACAUGAACAGGUAACUAACCUCCCAAUUGUUAUUUGACUAAAGGGGAGGUCAUCCGUUUUACAGGAAAGAUAAAGACAGACUGCAGUGGGAAUUUAGAUUAUGUUUUCAUGGUUUUUGGGCUGUAAAGUGAGAAAAAAUUGCAAACUCUCCUUCUAAAUUUAAUGGAAAGUAUAUCCUGCACAUUAAAAGACAAACAAGUCUAAAUAAUGGUUUUAUAGGUGUGCACACUCUUUAGUAUUUUACUCGAUUUCUUUGGUUGACUUGAUAUUUUCUGAAUCUACCUUCCAAAAGUUCCUCAGAUCCACUAGACUGGGAGGACCUCCAUGGUCCAGUCGGUUAUUUUAUUUUUUUUAUUUGGUGGUUUGAAAUGAUCAUGAUUCUGGAAAUAUAAAACCCCUCCUUAUCAACGGUUUGGGACAAAUAAAGCUGGGAAAGCACUGAUUUGAAAAACUCUGCCGAUAUUCAUAUCUGACAUCAUGCUGUCGAUAUUUAGAUCCUCUAUAUUUUCCUACCCUUGUGACGCUGGGAAAAAUUGACUGCAGUGCAGGUAUAGUUUUCCCUCUUGAAAAAAAACCAGCAAAUAGACUAAUCUUAAUAUCUGCUCUUUAAAUCCGUCCAGUUUUACUAAGUGGACUGAUACCAUUAUGUUUUAAAACGACCAACACUGAUGUUAACGCUGAUAUAUUGUGUAUCCUCUUUUACAUUUAAUCAUAACUUCAUUUCUUGUUACAAAAAUCCUAAGUUGAAUCCAGACAGCAUGAUGCUGCCACCACCAUGUCUCUGUAUGGGUGUUUUGUUGUUCUGACUCCCAAUUUUAAUCCUUUCAGUUUUUUAUACUCUCCCAAAUGUUUUGGAAGUUUAUGGUGAAGUCUUAAAAGUUUAGGGUGGAAAAAUAUUUUUCCCCUUAGAAUAUAAAGUAUAUGAGAUGGUUUUGUAUGCAGAAGAGAAGCAGUAAAGAUUCCUUCCGUGUUCAGAUUAGUGUCUGCCUUGUCUUUUCUUUAAUAAGAUUCUUUUAAAUGUUGGUUACUUCUCUAAAACCAAGGCUUUAGCUAAAGGAUGCAAAAAAACAGAAUAUGAAACAAAAAACUACCAGAACAGUUCUACUUUAUGGAAUCAGAGUAUCAGACCAAGAGUGUGCACAUUUAUAUACUGAAUUCUACAUUCCGUCCUUUUUUAGUUGAACUGCAGUAAAAGUGAAAAAAAAGUGGCUUUGAAAUUAUUUUACUGGCUUGUUUUGUUUGUCACGCUCUGCAGAGUCGCCACUUGCACUCGAUCUUUGUGUUCUUGGAACCAAGAACUGCAGUUAUUUUGCGAACAUAAAGCACUUAGAUUAUCAAGCACUUUUCAGCCAGCAGGUGUGACAUCACAUCCGUGAGGUGGAUCUAGAUAUCAGCGUCUUAAACGUCCAGAUUAUCCAUGCUGAGGUGGAUUUUUAAAUUUUUUAAAAAUGGAACAGUAGGGACCAGAGAAGAGUGGAUGUUUCUACUGAGGUUUGUAAAUCACUCAGGAAGUGAAGAGUUGUUUUUUUUUCUUCUUAUCAAAGUAUUUUUUGUAUAAAUGCUAUAUUUCAGUGAUAUUAUU